UCAAACGUCAAACGUUCGUUGGCGCCAAUGUUUUCAUUUCACUUUGGCUUCAUUUUUGAGCGCGUAUGUGCGUACAUCGCUGCAGGCGAAAUAUUUUAAGCUGGAAUUGUGUGCAAAGUCUGCCGGAAGUGUAUCCUUACACCGAAAACAAUCGUUGCCGUUUGCAAGCUCACCAAACGCGAUCCGCAGAACCAAGCAAUAUAUGCAACCAUCCCCCACCAACCGAAGAUGCCUUUGCUCAAGCGAAAAGCUCUACAGAAAACCCCGGAACCGGAACAUCUUAAGGACAGCGAUGAAGUGUUUGUGUGCGAAACGACCGGUGAACUUUUCAGCAACUACGACGAUUUCUUCAUGCGCACAAUGCUGCUCUCCUCCACCGUGUGGAGCUGUGUGAUGACUGGGCGAACGAAUUUGACGUACGUCGAUGCCCUUGAGAGUGAAAAAUCGGCCAAACGUACCUUGAAGACGUUUCCGGUCGCACUGAAAGGUCCAAUACUGCUUAUCGCGUCGCGCACCAAGCGUACCGCCAUACACGAUCUUUCCAGCGAUGUUCAUGGGUAUGCGAAAGAUGUGUUCUUCAAGGGCGAAACGGUGUACACCAAAACGGGCGAUCCGGAAGUGGUGCGCAAGGCCAAGAUCGUGCGGGUGGUAAUCAGCGAUCCGGCAGGCGAGCCAGUCCCGUCCCGGCUAAUCUACCACGUCGAGAGCGAAGAUGGAGAGAGUCCCGCAAAUUAUUCCGUCCGGGGUGAAGCAAUAAUGCGCGAACGCAACUGUCUGUCACGGGAAAAGUGCAAACUAUUCCUGAAGCAGCACGUUGAGCUGGGCGCAAAUCAGAUGUUGUGUGUUAAGAAAACAUCGCUGGAACAAUUCGUCACAUCGAAAGGCUGCACCGACGACAAGGUGUUUUACGGACAAAAGCCCGACUUUAAAGUCUCCAAAAAGCUGCAGUCCCAAGAUAAAGCACGCGCAGGAGUUGCGAAACCAGCCAAGAAGUCAAAGAAAGCUGACCAACAACAAGCUAAAGUGAAGGGUAAGGAAAACAAAAAGCAACCAACGAUUGAAAAGUACCUGCAACAAUCAGCCAACGAUUCGUUGAAGGUAAAACCUGCGACUAAAGCUCCGGAGAAAAGGAAAACAAAUCUGGAAGAGCGGGCGGAGAAGAGAGAACUGGCCAAGAAGCGAAUGAAGCUGGAGAAGACGCUAUUAGUUUCGCAGGUUGCAUUGGCGCUGAAGGAAUACAGCUCAGUGAAGGAAGAUCUGCAGCUGACUGACCAGCGCGUGAUGCCGCCGGCACGAGCGGUGCGAACGUUAAUUGGCGAGCAACAUUUCCCAGACUUCCUGUUCAUCCUAGAGUUUUUGAACACGUUUGGCGAUGUGCUCUCAAUCGAAACAAAGUUUCCGGAUGGCGUCUCAGUGGAGCAGCUGGAGCGAGCAUUAUUGCUAAGGGAAACGGACGGGCCGUUGUGUGACAUUCUCCAGAUCCUGCUGAGUGCUCUGUUCGAAGCGUGGAAGAAUGCGAUAGCUUCGGAAGAAUCGAACAUAGAGCUGGGAGCAAAAAGAUUGAUCCGAUGGUGCAGUGGACAGUUAUCGAUGAACAUUACCGAUCUGCCCCUGGAUUGGACGACCGUUUCCGAGCUGUUGCGGCUGCACCUUACCGCUCACAACCAUUCAACCUCGUUCGGCGAUGCCAGCUACAAGCUGAACCGUGAUCAUCCGCACAUACUGCGCGCCCUGACUACGCAUACCGUCUUUCAGUUAGCGACCGAAGACGUCAUGCAAAUCAUUUGUGCUCUCAUUCACAAUCUGCUAACGACCGAAGAGAUACUGGGCCAGGUGGAAGCGAUGGGGGAAGCUCGAAUCAAGAUCAAAAACAAUCGUUUGGAGCAGCGGCGUGUGGCACACAAAAAGUCGUCGCUAAUGCAGACAGCACAUGACAGUUUCAAGAAAGAGUUAGCAUCCAAGGUGGGCCAGCUAGCGGACAAGGAGCUGGAGGAUUAUCAAAAGCAAAUGGAGCAAAGUCUGAAAAACAGUUUAGAAGAGCUCGAAAAUGAAGCCAGCGCAAAAAUGAUAGAGCUCAGGGAGGAAGCGGCAGAAUUUAAACCAAACCAGGUGUACCUCGGUUCAGACCGCGCUUUCCGCAACUAUUGGCAGUUUCAAUCGCUCCCAGGUUUGUUCGUGGAACACGAUACCAAGUUCGCCGGACGUUGCAUGGAACAGGUGACAAAACACAUUCCCGGCUUGGCACAAUGUGACGCUAAAACGCGCAAGAAGUUUAUCACCGAUUCUAUCUUCAAGUGCGCUGGAAACAGUGCCGGGUUGAUUGAUAUCGAUGCCGAUGGAAAGCUGAGGUGUGAGGACGACGUUUACGAGCAAUUGCUGCACCGCGGUAGUGCUUUGCUAGCGCAAACGAAAACUAAUCCAUUUUCACUGGCCACAGCAAAUGGGACCGCAAAGGACGAGGGUGGAAGGUUGGAAACGGCGAAUGCGGUCAGUAGCAGCGCUGGCACAUGCCCUAGCAAUCGUGAGUUGCUGAUGUGUACUGGGGACGAAAUAAGCUGCCCUGUCCAUCCUUCAAACCACCCGGGUACGGCCUCGUGGAGCUACUAUGCAACGGCACAUGAGCUGGAUGCGCUCAUCGGCAGCCUAAAUCCGAGGGGUCGUCGUGAAAAGCCGUUGCGCGAAACGCUUCAAUUGUACCGCGAUCUCAUCGUAGCGCAGAUGGAACGGUGCCCGAUUGCAAAGCUUUCUGUGCAAGAAAACGAGCCCCAUUCUGCGCUUCCAGACACGAACCAGUCCAAUGAAAUGUUAGAGACAAUGUUCCGUGAAUAUUUGGUCGAUCUGGAGGUACGGAUCACUGCCGGAUGUUUGGGCGAACUGAAGGUGAACGAUGUUGAAAAGUGGCGCAACGCGAUCCUGAACCGCUCGUACGAUGCACAAAUAACCGGACAAUUGGAGUGGGGUCUCCAGCGGCUUCAAAACGAUAAGUAUGCCUUUAUAAAGAAAAAGAACCAAGAAUCCUCCAGCGAGGAAUCGGAGGAGGAAGACGCGGAUCUUUUCCAAUCGUCAUUAGAUGGUCCAGAGAACGGCCUUCCCGAAGCGACCAACGCGAAUGGUUCUAUGCAGGAAGGUUCGCUUCGAGCUACGGUGCGUUCGUUGGCCUCCGCGUUACUGCAAGUCGCGCAAAGUGUUGAUCCCAAAUUUUUCAGACACCCGUUUGGACCGAAAGGCGUUUGCAAGGACCGUAACACGAUCGCGUUCUGGCAAUCGUAUGGCCAGAAGAAGUUCCUGCGCUGGGAAGUGCUACUAAUGCAGGCAAAUUCUUUUUCACAGCUAUUUCUGCACUAUCACAUACUGUACGAUGCAAUUCGGUGGUCUAGAUCGAUCGAGCGAGCGGUCUGCAUGGUUUGCCGACUGAAAGGCGAUGCUAGCGUGACGCUUUUGUGCGACGAGUGUAAUCGUGCCUGCCACAUGUACUGCCUCAAACCGAAGCUGAAGCAAAUCCCGGCAGGUGACUGGUUUUGCAUGCAGUGUAGACCGGAGGAUCACGCGCCAAAGCACAACGCAGGAACCCGCAAGCGAGCCCAAAUCAAUGAUUACGUUGCAUCGGACGAUAGCGAGGACGAUGUCGAUAAGAAGGACGAUGCUGAAGAGGAGGAUGAUGAGAGCAAUGUAUCGGAGGCUGAAAUGAGCUCAGAAGAUAGUAGUUCGUCGAGCAGUGAAGAGGAUGCUGAAAGUAUGGAGGAUGAGGAAGAGACAGAAAGUUUAAAACCGAAAAUUGUACUCAACAAAAAAGCUAGCGGGAAGAAAGUUACUCCUACGGUCAACGCUAAACAGGCAGCUCGCAAACGGGCACAGAACCAAGAACCGCAACGGCGAACUUUACCGAAGCGAUCACGGCAAUCCGAUUCGCGCCAAGAAGAACCACCCAGCCAGAAAAGAAGAUCUUCGAAUAGUGCUAACCGGCCAAGCGCUGGACGUCGGUCGCUGAGACUUUCUGGCCGCAAUUGAGGAAUAUAAGAAAUGCAAGAGGGCAGCAGCAUUUCAUGGCACUGCGUCUUCUUUCUUGUCUAUAUAGAUUUUACUUUAAUCGUUUUUCUUGUACGGCAACUGCUCAUACCUUUGGCUAUUUUACGCAUCUAGAUAGGAAAUUGAUUACCAAAUAAAUGAUUUCUUAUGUUAAAUGCAGUGA